CGGCAGCGGGGCAGUAAUCCGCUCCACUACCGGCUGCAGUAACGCGUUACCGGCCAGCAGCGGCCCUGUGGAGCAGAUGUUACCGUCAGAGAGACAGAGCUGCUGCUGCUGCAACAAGAGACGAGACGCGUCUUGGAUCACAAACAGGGGGGAUGCAGAGCGCAUGCGCAGUGCGCUCCGUUUACUGUAGGAUAUUCACCGUAGAGCAGGAGGAAAAAAAGGGAAGAAGAAGAGGAGGACAGGCAUCAAAUCUGGCUUUUUCAAAAGCGGGGGACAAAAAAAACGACUUGUGCAAUGUAAACAAGAGGGAUAGGAAUUAUCAACAGGUGUGAUGAGACAAAGAGACAAAGGAUGCCUUAGAGAAGAGGUUGCCUGUAAGCCUGGAAACCUCUUCAAAGCGCACCACCAAAUGGAUCAGACACCUCCCCCCGCCACCUCUAGAUCAUGAUACUUGGCUGAAGCUAUUCCGCUACAUUUAUGAUCCCUCCUCCAUCUAUGGCGAACUAUAGCCAUGCAGGGGACCACACCAUCUUGCAGAAUGUCUCUCCCCUCGCCACAUUCCUGAAACUGACCUCCCUGGGUUUUAUCAUUGGAGUCGGCGUGGUUGGGAACCUCCUGAUCUCCAUCCUGCUGGUCAAAGACAAGAGCCUGCACCGGGCGCCCUACUAUUUCCUCCUGGACCUGUGCGCCUCCGACAUCCUGCGCUCCGCCAUCUGCUUCCCCUUCGUCUUCACCUCAGUCAAGAAUGGCUCGGCCUGGACCUACGGCACGCUGACCUGCAAAGUGAUCGCCUUCCUGGGGGUGCUCUCGUGUUUCCACACGGCGUUCAUGCUGUUCUGCGUCAGCGUCACCCGCUACCUGGCCAUCGCGCACCACCGCUUCUACACCAAGCGGCUGACGUUCUGGACGUGCCUGGCGGUCAUCUGCAUGGUGUGGACGCUGUCGGUGGCCAUGGCGUUCCCCCCGGUGCUGGACGUCGGGACGUACUCGUUCAUCCGGGAGGAGGACCAGUGCACGUUCCAGCACCGCUCGUUCCGGGCGAAUGACUCGCUGGGCUUCAUGCUCCUGCUGGCGCUCAUCCUCCUGGCCACGCAGCUCGUUUACCUCAAGCUCAUUUUCUUCGUCCACGACCGUCGGAAGAUGAAGCCCGUCCAGUUCGUGCCGGCCGUCAGCCAGAACUGGACCUUCCACGGGCCGGGCGCCAGCGGGCAGGCGGCGGCGAACUGGCUGGCUGGAUUUGGUCGCGGCCCCACCCCGCCCACCUUGCUGGGCAUCCGGCAGAACAGCAACGCAGCGGGCCGCCGGCGCCUCCUGGUGUUGGAUGAGUUCAAAACGGAGAAGAGGAUUAGUAGGAUGUUCUACAUAAUGACGUUUUUCUUCCUGGCGCUAUGGGGGCCCUACCUGGUCGCCUGCUACUGGCGGGUGUUUGCAAGGGGACCCGUGGUCCCCGGAGGCUACCUGACCGCGGCCGUGUGGAUGAGCUUCGCCCAGGCUGGGGUCAACCCUUUCAUCUGCAUCUUCUCCAACAGGGAGCUGCGGCGCUGCUUUAGCACCACGCUCCUCUACUGCAGAAAAUCCAGGCUACCAAGGGAACCCUACUGCGUUAUAUGAUGGUUUUGCUGGAGUUUUUUAAUCGUCUGUGUCUCUAAUACCCUGAUUGAUCUUGAUCUGGGCUUGUUCCUGUUGUACAGCGCACUCUCUAUCUCUCUCUUUUUCGAUAUCCUUUCUCUUUAUCCCCCAGUUUACCCCCUCCUCCCUACUACUCUUCUCAUGGCCCUUCACACGGCUGGACUGCCAGUCUCGUGGCUCUGUUGGGGUGAUUAAUUACAAAAAAAUAAAAGAAAAGUCCAUGAAACGUGGAAAAGGAAUGGGAAUACAUAGGUGUGGAUCCCCUCCUGCGUUUAUGUUCUAGUAAACAGACACUGUGGAAGGCCAUGCCAAUGCAGAAAAGCAAAAAGUUUCCUCUUUUUUUUUGACAAAAUACUGACAAGAAAACCUCUUGCUUUGGAUAAUUUGAAGAUGCUUUACCUUGUGAUGUGUGAAAUACAAAAAAAAGAUUAAAAAAACCGAGUAUAAAACAAAGAAACAAUACCUCUCAAGGAAUUAAUGGAAAUGUUUUACAGUUUAAGAGUUGCACUAAAAAGAAGAUGUAAAGAUGCUUUUUUUUUUGGGGUUGUUUUUCUGUUUUUUGGUUGCCAACUGCGUAUCGCAAGGACAACUUUUUCUCAUUUUUCCCCCCCUCCCUUUUUUUCUUUUUCUCAAAACAAAACAAUGAAUGCUUUAAUUUGCAACAGACAACACAA